AAUACAAAUGAAAUUAGAAAGUGAAAAAAAAACCAUUUUUCAAUGUUAUCUCUCCCUUUCCUCCACCAUUAAAUACUCCCAAAAGUAGAAAAGAAAACAAUCCAAAUCAAUAGCUCCCAAAACAAGUUAUGGGAGGUUUAGAUACACCAUACCACCCAACCUCAAAACCUUCCUCUUCUUAUUGGAAUUGGGUACUUAAAAACAAUAACAAACACAAAUUAUCAAAAUUAAUUUAUAUUAUUUUUAUAUGUUCUUUUUUUUAUCUUCUUGCGGUGUGGCAAGGUCGCAGUCGCAACCCAGCCAACACUGCAACUUGUUAUACCUCUCUAAAUUUUACCAACUCGAGCCCUCUAAACUUUGUUGCCCGCCACACGGCAGACCAAGACACCUUUUCUUCGGAUUUGAAUUACAGUCGGGUUUAUCCACCGUGCGAUAUUAAGCAUAGCGAGUAUACCCCGUGCGAGGAUAGAAUAAGAUCAAUGAAAUUUACGAGAGAUAGACUUAUAUAUAGGGAAAGACACUGUCCAAAGAAAUCGGAGCUCCUAAAGUGUCGGAUACCCGCCCCGUAUGGGUACAAAAGCCCGUUUAAAUGGCCCGUAUGUAGAGAGUAUGUAUGGUAUGAUAACGUACCACAUAAACAUCUAACGGUUGAGAAAGCGGUUCAGAAUUGGAUCCGGUUUGAAGGAGACCGGUUCAAGUUUCCGGGUGGUGGUACUAUGUUCCCUAAUGGUGCUAAUGCUUAUAUUGAUGAUAUCGGAAAAUUAAUUAAUCUUAAUGAUGGGUCUAUUAGGACGGCCAUUGAUACUGGUUGUGGGGUAGCAAGUUGGGGAGCGUACUUACUAUCAAGAAACAUAUUGGCAAUGUCCUUCGCACCAAGGGAUACUCAUGAAGCACAAGUCCAAUUCGCUUUAGAACGGGGGGUUCCUGCCGUGAUUGGUGUUAUUGCUUCUAAGAGAUUGCCUUAUCCAUCACGGGCUUUUGAUAUGGCUCAUUGUUCUCGUUGCCUUAUUCCUUGGGAUAAAUAUGAUGGAAUAUAUUUAAUAGAGGUUGAUCGAGUACUUCGACCAGGAGGGUAUUGGAUCCUAUCGGGCCCGCCCAUACGAUGGAAGAAAUAUUGGAAAGGAUGGGAAAGAAGCAAAGAAGACUUAAAUGGAGAACAAAAGAGAAUUGAAACAAUAGCAAAAAAUCUUUGUUGGAAGAAAGUGAUUGAAAGAGGUGAUAUUGCUAUUUGGCAAAAGCCAUUGAAUCAUAUGAAAUGCAAACGUAUCAAGAAGCUUCAUACCACCUUAACCUUUUGUCCUACUCCUCGUCCUGAUCAUGCAUGGUACACAAACUUGGAGUCAUGUGUUAACCCAUUACCAGAAGUUUCGGAAGAUGAUGAAAUUGCAGGAGGACAAUUAGAAAACUGGCCAAAAAGAUUAAAUGCAAUCCCACCAAGAAUAAGUAGUGGAUCAACAAAAGGAAUAACACCAGAAAUGUUCCAAGAAGACAUAAAAUUAUGGGAAAGAAGAGUAUCAUACUAUAAGACAGUGAACAAUCAGUUAGGGCAACCAGGAAGGUACCGGAACCUUCUAGACAUGAAUGCAAAAUUAGGUGGAUUUGCUGCAGCUUUGGUGGAUGAUCCUGUUUGGGUUAUGAACGUUAUGCCUAUAGAAGCUAAGGUCAAUACUCUUGGAGUCAUCUAUGAAAGAGGCUUGAUUGGAACUUACCAAAGUUGGUGUGAAGCAAUGUCUACAUAUCCACGGACAUAUGAUUUUAUUCAUGCUGAUACGAUUUUUACUCUCUAUAACAAUAGAUGUGAGAUGGAUGAUAUAUUGUUAGAGAUGGACAGAAUAUUAAGGCCAGAAGGAAGUGUAAUUUUGAGGGAUGAUGUUGAUAUUUUGGUAAAAAUAAAGAAAAUAACAGAUGCAUUACAAUGGGAUAGUCAAAUAGUUGACCAUGAAGAUGGACCUCUUCAAAGGCAAAAGUUGUUGUUUGCGGUCAAAUCUUAUUGGACUGCCCCCUAAAACACAGGAUACCCGUGCUUUGUAGACUUAUCUCAUCAACUUAUUUAAUUUUUCGAGAGCUCUUAAAGUUUUAUAAUAGUGUGUAACAAAUAUUCUAGUAUCAAAUGAAAAAAAUUAUUUUAUUAUAUCGGAAAAAAUCUUUAUGAAAUUAAUGUACUAAAUCCAAGUCAACUCUUGAAUUUUCUCUUUUUAAAAAUAUAAAGAAACUUAUAUUUAAAUCAAAUUAGAUGGAGUAUCAAAUCUUUCCUUAA